AAAGAGUAGCGCAAUUAUUCUGCUCUGCACCAAGACACUCAAACACAACAGCAGCGGUUUCAUUUUCAGUCGCCAACACUGUCUUCAAAACUGACACAAAGAUAUUCAGAUUUCAGACACACAAAUACGAAAAAAAAAACAUUAAAAUUAAUAUUACUAUUUGAUUUCAGUUUUUUAUAAAAUUUCUCAUAAUUCCCUUCUAGUUGAACCCAAUGCUUCUUUAAACUUCUAAAAAACUCUAAAAAGUUUUGAUCUUUAGCAUAUCAUUUCUUUAUUUUUCUGUUCUUGUUUUAACCAAAGUUUUGAUCUUUGGUUCAGUUUCAUCAAUUUUCUCAUCUGGGUGUCUAAAAGAUGUCAAAUUUAAACCCAACUUCCCAAACCACCUCAGACCACCGCCACCAUUUGAGCCAGAGUAGUAACAGCAGUGACAAUGACAUGUCACUUUCCGGUGAGAUUGGGGCCCACAGAGACUCUUCAGUGUCGGAUUGCUUGUCGGAGAUUGACUUAGAGAGUGGCAAUUUGGAAAAUAGAGUGCAUUUGGGUGGUAGUAAAACUGAAAGAGACUGUAGAAUUUGCCAUUUGGGUUUAAGAAGUUAUGGUCAAGAGAACGGUUUGGCUACUGAGUUGGGUUGUUCUUGUAAAGGUGACUUGGGUGCUGCUCAUAAAAAAUGUGCAGAGACUUGGUUCAAGAUUAAGGGUAACACGAUAUGUGAGAUCUGUGGUGCCACUGCACUCAACAUCUCUAAUAAACAAGCAAACGAAGCACAGGGUGGGGCCGUAGUUGUUACAACAGCACCAGUAGCGGUAGCGGCGCCUGUAAUUCUGGUGGAAACACGAACAUUUUGGCAUAGCCGCCGCGUUAUGAAUUUCUUGCUGGCCUGCAUGGUGUUUGCAUUUAUCAUUUCUUGGCUUUUCCACUUUAAAGUCCUUUCAUGAAAGAUUAAGUGGGACUUUCUGUCAAGUGGGUGUUUUAUUCCUACUUAUCUACACUUAUCAACCAAGAAAAAGUAGCUUGAGAAGAUCUGAUUCUAAUUUUGAAAAGUUGUCUUGAUGCUUUAUUCUUACAUAUCCUUAAUUAGCUUGUUUCAUUUGUACUUGUACCAUAAUGUAUAGAUUCUGGUUAUCUCUACUGUAAAACUGUCAAGUUCGGUUUGAUUCACAAGAUUCAGGUAUUUGAUUUCUGCUA